AAUAGGUGGUAAUCUUAUGGAAUUUAGUGCCCGCCGUUCCAGGGAGGGAUUAAGUGACUUUUCUCAUUUUAUUGAUGAUUAUUCAUUUAUGGGUGUUCGGAGUAGUAAGGAGCCCAUAUGUGCGAUGUUGUGCUUGCUUCAGUGUUGCAGCAAAGUCACGAACUUAAAAAUUGGUGGAAGGGAAAUCUGUGUUACAUAUGUAAAAAAUUGCGAGUAUGAUUCAAAGAACUGAAUUUAUUUUAAAACCAUCAGUCGUGCGGCUGGCCUUAUUGCAGUCGAGCAUUGGUUAUGUUGAAUGAUACUGUGUAUUACAGUUUAAUGAAAAAGUCAAUGUGAGUGAUAUUGUAUUACCGACGGUUUUAUGAGCCACUUUGCAGUUUUGCCGCGCAAGAAAUAUGAAAAUUCUUUGAAAAAUAAGUGCUCCACAUUUUCAUAUGUAGUGAAAACAGAGCAUAAGUAUGAUAUGUGGGUUGCAAAUAUCUAAGGACUAAUUUAUCUCGCGCUUUGUUAAGAAUCUUCAGGUAUCAAGAAGAAUGUUCUAUGUCAAGAUUCCAAAGCUGUUAAGAUGAAACUAGAGAGCAGGAGACGUCUUCGGAUUUCGUGAGGUGGUGGAAGAUGGACCACUAUGCCGUUAAGGACGCUGGAGAUCUACAAUCAACAUCCAGUUUUGUGGAGCCAUUAUUGUCGAACCGCCAAAGCAAUCCAUUGUCAUAUCCCGAAUAUAAAAGUCAUCAGUUAUUUGGGGCCAGUUCCGCUGUUCGCUGUGACGACGUCUGCAAGAUUCAGGUGCAUGCAAAGCUCUCUACUGAGAUCCCUUUCAAUACGAAAGAUUAUCUAAGGAUUACAUCAUCAGAUGACGACAAGCCAGCUGACGAAACCAUGAAAUCUCAAAAGUAUCAUUGCCCUCCGCAAAUAUUAGGCUGUGCCGAAGCAGAACAGAGUUCUUCACAUGAGAGCAGUUUUGCAACAAAUGCAAUUACUGAGAACGCAUCAGCAGUUCUUGAAAUUACACACCGAACGGAUGGAUUAACUUGUGAUUUGAUUAGUAAGCGUGGUGGUGUCGGUGUCGUGCAAGGUAAUUACUCUUAUGAUAGCGUAAGCGAGGAAGUCACUGGAUUUGAAGAACCUACAAGUGUGGAACAGGAUGCAUGCAACGCAGAAGCAAAAACAGGCGACAUCAAUGAGGACGCUGACUCUCUGAAGAAAUCACUGAUUGCAAAACAAGGAGAACAAAAAAAAGUAGGAGCUGAACAAAGUGACAUUUGCAAUGAUAAAGAUUUGAAGUUAAUAGGGGAAAUACGAGUUGAGACCCGGCUAAAGAGUGGACUAAAUUACUGCGUUGGCCCUGAUGACGAUGCCGAUGGGGUACUAGUGCUUGGUCCGUGUGAAGAACAGCGCCGUUGGCCCCAUUCGCGACCGAUUUCGAUCGAAAGACGUCCAGAGGGCUUUGGUUUUACAUUGCGUAACGUUGUGGCCUAUCCCUCUCACAUUCACAAGAUUGCCACCUCCUUGGGCAAACGGCCAAAAGAUAUCGAGCCCUGGUGGGUGGAAGGAAAGCCGUUAGAUGCGGUGGUUGUUCGUGAAGUUCGAGAGUGUGGGGCUGCUCAGGCAGCUGGUCUUCGACCCCACGAUCGGAUCGUUGCUCACCGGGGGUCGCCCAUCGAGAGUUACGCUAAAUUCGUCGCCCACAUACACCAGUGCCGUGUUGACCGGACCUCGCGUCUUCCAAACUCAGGAAAAGUCUAGAGGGGAACGGUUCGAUAUGAUCGAAGAAAUAAAAGUGAAUUUCUGACGUAACUGAAAGCUAUGCCAAUGUUCUAAUAAAAGUAUUUUGAGGAGUGGCGAAGAAGGUACGUUGCAUCCGACGGGGAUUACUUCCAAUCGGACAACUUGAAUUGUAACGCUUAAAUAAACACAUAUCAAUUUGUGACCAUUUUUUAAACAAAGGAGUAUAUCAUUCCUUCCGACUUUCCGUUUCCAUUCCUAUAAGGCUCAUACAAGCGAAAUCCUCUGUAGAAAAACCAAAGUAAAUAGCUGGGGAAAAAACCUUAACACAACGUUUUUAAUUUUGUGUCGGCCGGGUUAUCGGAGUAGGUUUAUAACUAAUGCAAUUUUUUUAAGUAUCGUUCCCGUAGGCGAAAAAUGGCCUGAUAUCCGUUUAAGGAAAAGUCAACCAAUCUCCGAUGCAUUUUACUAACAGCCUUACCUCCGAAACGCAGAAACUUAACUACUGAGCGUCGACUUUCAGCGCUAUACAAGAUCUUUGCCUCCAAAUUUAUCAUGUUCUGAGGAUACUACAUCAACUUAAUAGUCAUAGAUAGCUAAGGAUAAUGCAAUAUUUAUUACCAAAUUUGAUAACUAUGCACGUGUAGAUAUAUUCGUUACGGCUGAAAGUGUAAACAAUAAACAGGGGCUAGUUUGAACGUAUUUA